GUCCAGUGCCACUUCAGGGCAUUGCUGACGAAAAGAAUUUUCACAAAGUACACCUUUAAACAGUGCUGGUUGUCAACUGCUGGAAGCAUCUCAGCAAAAUACUUCUCUGGGACUUUAAAGAAAACGGCUACCCACCUGAUCCUCAAACAAUUUGGAGAAUCAGCUUCUGUGGCCCUGGUGGAGGUGAAGCGGGGCCCACUGAGGAAAAAGUGGAGUCAGAACCAAUGCACGCUUGGUGUGACUUAGUGAAUGGAGACCUUUUUCUCUUUGAAUUUUUCUAAAUAAAGUCAUUUUGCCUUCCACUGGCAAUCACUUUUUCAGCAUCGAUGGCCUUUCAGGACCUCCUGGAUCAAGUUGGAGGCCUGGGGAAAUUCCAGAUCCUUCAGAUGGUUUUCCUUUGUCUCUCCAACCUCAUGGUGUACCCUCAUAUUUUGUUGGAGAACUUCACGGCAGCCGUCCCUGGUCACCGCUGCUGGGUCCACAUCCUCGACAAUGACACUGUCUCUGGUAACGGCACUGAGAUCCUCAGCCAAGAUGCCCUCCUGAGAAUCUCCAUCCCACUGGACUCAAACAUGAGGCCAGAGAAAUGUCGUCGCUUCAUCCAUCCCCAGUGGCAGCUCCUGCACCUGAAUGGGACCUUCCCCAACACGAGUGAGUCAGACGUGGAGCCCUGUGUGGACGGCUGGGUGUACGACCAAAGCUCCUUCCCUUCCACCAUCGUGACUAAGUGGGACCUGAUAUGUGAAUCUCAGUCACUGAAAUCAAUGGCCAAAUUCUUAUUCAUGGCUGGAAUGCUGGUGGGAGGCACAAUAUUUGGCCAUUUAUCAGACAGGUUUGGGAGGAAGUUAAUUCUCAGGUGGUGCCUCCUGCAGCUGGCCGUUGCUGACACCUGCGUGGGCUUUGCUCCCACCUUCGUCAUUUACUGCGUGCUACGUUUCCUGGCUGGCUGCUCUACCACGAACAUCAUGACAAAUACUAUUAUGCUGUGCAUAGAAUGGACAGUGCCCCGAUGCCAAGCCAUGGGAAUAACAGUGGCAGUCUGUACUGCUUGUGUAGGACAGAUGAUCCUGGGAGGACUGGCUUUUGCCAUUCCAGACUGGCACACCCUGCAGCUGGUGGUUUCUGUACCGUUAUUUGUCUCCUUUCUUUUCUCAAGGUGGCUGGUAGAGUCUGCUCGGUGGCUGGUUAUCACCAACAAAUUCGAGGAGGGCUUAAAGGCACUGAGAAAAGCUGCACAUAGGAAUGGAAGGAAGAAUGCUGGAGAAGCCCUCACCAUAGAGGUUUUGAGAUCCACCAUGCAGGAGGAGCUGGAGAUAGCACAGAAAAAACCUUCCAUAACUGACUUGUUCCACACACCCACCCUGCGCAGAAGGAUCUGUUUAUUGUCCUUUGUGAGAUUUGCAACCUACAUGCCCUUUUUUGGCCUGAUUCUCCACCUCCAGCAUAUCGGGAACAAUGUUUUCCUGUCCCAGGUUCUCUUUAGCAUGGUCAACCUCCUCGCCAAUUACGUUGCACUUUUGGCACUGAAUCAUAUGGGCCGUCGAGUAAGCCAGAUGAUUUUCAUGUCUGUACUUGGAGUCUCCAUUCUGAUCACCACAUUUCUGCCUGAAGAAAUGCAGACCCUGCGUGUUACUUUGUCAACUUUGGGAGUAGGAGCUUCUUCUGCUGCAAUCAUGUGUUCUUCUGCCCAUGGAAAUGAACUAAUCCCCACCAUAAUCAGGGCAACAGCCACAGGAAUCCUGGGAAUUGCUGGUAAUAUUGGAGCGGCCCUGGCUCCCCUCUUGAUGAUCCUAACCGUGUAUUCUCCCCACCUGCCCUGGAUCAUGUAUGGAGUCUUCCCCAUCCUCUCUGGUCUUGUUGUUCUCCUCCUUCCUGAAACUAGGAAUCAGCCUCUGCCUGACUCCAUCCAGGAUGUGGAAAAAGAGAGAGAAGCCCCAAGAAAAGCAAAGAAGGAAGAUACCUUCAUGAAAGUGACACAGUUUUAAGGAGUUCCAAGAACGAACUGCUAAUCAAAGAGCAAGAUAGAGGAAGGAAAAUCAGGAUCAUCCCCAGAUAUUGGAAAGAUCUGUAAAAUAAAUAAAAUAAAGAUAUAAUGGAAUCAUGGAUCCUAUUUACAAUUGCAGUACUAAGUGACUAUGAAAUAUCUACAAUUAAUCAUAAUGAGAAGUUUGAGAAAAGUCGUAAUACUUAAAAAUAUUUUUUUAUUGGGGCACCUGGGUGGCUCAGUCGGUUAAGCGACUGCCUUCAGCUCAGGUCAUGAUCCCAGGGUCC